AUGACCGAUAACGAACAAACAGGUGCAGAAAACGAUGUUGCCAAAGAUAAAGUGCCUAGAGCUACAUUAGAACAAAAGCUACAAAUAAUCGAUGAAUUCCAUACUUUGAAACGACCUCAACUGGAUAUAGUGAACAAGUAUCGGAAGACGGUUUCCAUCCUGACAUCAAGCUUUAGUGAAUGGUUAAAGCAUGAACAAGACUUAAGAGAACGGUUCAACCGAGCAGGGUACCCAUCUCAACGGCGUAGUAGACGAAGGGCCAAGUUUAAGUAUGAGAAGAUCAACCAUGCAAUGGAUAUGAUGGUUCAACAACGUAUAGAUCGCAAUGAACCUAUUAGUGAGCCUAUACUUCGAGGGUAUUGGUCGAUAUUUGCUCAUCAGUAUGGAGUGGAGGAUCCUAAACGAUUGGUAGGGUUUAGUCAUGGUUGGUUAGCUCAAUUUAAACAAAGACAUGGAUUACAUAAGAAAAGAAUGAGUGAUCUUAUGCUAACACCAGGUGAACAAGGAGAAGAAGAUGAUAAUAAAGAGGAUGAUAAUGCUCAAGGAAAUAAGUCUAAAGAUGGUCAUGAUGAUGUUAAACCUAUGAGUGCUCCCAAGUUAUCAAGAAUGAAUUCUUCUUCAUCGUCUUCUUCUUCUUCUAAUGUCGAUGUGAAUAAUAAUAAUAAUAAUAAUAAUAAUAAUAAUGUUUUCCGAUCUUCUCGAGCUUCAUCACGAGAUAGAUCUCGAGAUAGGGUCAGAUCACCUCAUAGAGAACCCAUAGCUGAGCAAUUAAAGCGGAAGAAUAAUUUUGAAUUACUUCAACCUCAAGCAACCGAAGUAAUGAAGCCUGAAAUUGCAAUUUCAAGCUCACUACUGCCAGAGAGUUCAGCUUAUAGUGAGUCUGAAAGAGGUAAUUUCACUCGUUUGUUGCAUGAUAGUGUGCAAGAGUUUCCUUCUAGAUCCAGUGAUCCUUCCCUUCUUCUUCCCCAAAGACCACUUUCAACACAAUCUGUAACACGAAACCAAUUCAAACCUCAGCUGGGCUUGAGUUUCAACUCAUCUUCAUCCAACUUCCAUCACAGCAAGUCAUUGACUUCUCUUCAACGAUUGGGCACUCCCAAGCAAUUACUUGCCCAGCGUCAAAGCCAUCACAAUAAUAGUACCACUAUCAAUAAUAUGAAGAUUAAUAAUAAUGGUCGUCCAAGACAUCACCCUGAGCAUAAUUCCUCCAUAUCUUCUACCAAUGAAUUUGCUUUACAAGAUUAUAGACAGCAAGCUUUUUCUCGGAGUUUAAUUCCAGAUUCAAAUUCUGAUAGUCAUCUUAAUAAACUCCCAGCUGAAUCACUACCUCUGCUUGAAGCAAGAACUUCUAGUACAACAAUUGAUAACACUUCAACGAGUUCUAUUGCGUUUUUAUUGGGUGAUUCUUCUGAAACAGCUCCUACCACUAGUUCUCUUGAAAAAAGCGGAUCUACCGUCAAUGAAAAUGGGUUCAGAUUCACUAACAAUAAUACUAGUCAAAAAGAUCGACUGGUUGUGUCUAAUGAUAAUAAGAAGAACGAUGGAAGUCUGUCUGUGGUAAGUGCUAGCGAAGUGGAACGGUUUAUCUUUGUAUUUGCUGAUCGAUUCUUCCUGGAUUAUCAAUAUGACUAUCCCCAAACCAUGAAACUCUUUCAAGAGUUUAAGAAUUCGUUUUUAAAUGAAAGAAUUAUAUUGGAAAGAGCUCAAAGAGAUUCCAAUAAUAAUAAUAAUAAUAAUAAUAAUAAUAACCAGGAGAAUGAUAAAAGAUAUUAUGAAGCGUUACCUCAAGUGAAACGGGUUAAAGGGUCUCAUGGUUAUACACAACUGAAAGUGGAUAUGAACAUCAUACAACAUCAAUAUCCCAAUAAUAAUGACAAACAAGAAAGAUAUACCAAUGAUAAUGGGAAUACCGAAUCAAUCGCUAGAAGGUUACCCGAUUUUCAACAUCGUCAAAGUAAUAAUAAUGUUGUUAAUUCUGGUCAAUUGGAAGACUAUAUCUUACCUGGAUCUCCCACAGGAUCUAUUAUUGGCUUGAAUAAGAAUAAACUGUUUUCAACAGCUGAACCCGGGUCAAACAAUUCAGGUUUAGUAAGUGGUGGUGGUAAUGGUGGUGGGUCUCAAUCGCCAUCAUCAACUCCCAGUAUCACUAAUCUUACUACUACUCCAUCAUUUCUAAGAUUUUUUGACGCUGGAACAACUCCAAGUGCUCUGUCAACCCCCACGGUUAGUUCAUUGAAUCCUGUAUUAAGCCCUGUGACAACCACACCAACUAUGACAGAGGGAAAAUUCAUCGGGUUAGGUGGUGGAGCUAUUCGAUCACCAACAACCUCUCAAUUACCUCCUCCAAUUCGUUCCUUCAACACAGCAACCAAUUAUAAUAAGUGUACCAAUGAUAAUAAUGGUAUAAUGAGAUUACAGGAUUCGUCCUUCAAAAGGUAA